AUGUGUUCAGUUGAGUCUUUGAGAGAGUUUGUCAACGAGCGACUAACUGCUGCUGCUGAAGAAAUAUUGGGAGUUUUUCAAAGAAGCAUCGUCGAGUACGAGGAAGAGAUCGAUCGUCAGCGCAGACUGUUGGAUAUCGUUUUGAAGCCUGAAAUAAAGUUACACAGGACAGAGCUCCCACAGCAACAUGUGUGUAAGGAGGAGGAGGUUGUCCCUGAGCAGCAGCUCUGUAUUGAGGAGAGGAAGUCCAGUGUGGACCAAGAGGAGCCAGAGCCUCCACACAUUAAAGAGGAAGAGGAGGAAGUGUGCAGCAGUCAGGAGGGAGAGCAGCUUGUACUGAAGCAGGAGACUGAUGGCUUUAUGUUGACUCCUGCUGAAGAGGAAAGUGAGCACAGUGAAGAUCAGACUCUGGACUUCAUUCAUGACGACACUCAAAGUGCAGCAGAGAAAGAGUCUGUCGUCAUCAUACCAGUUAUAAGCUAUGUGAUACCAACCAGUGACCACCAGCUGCUCUCUCACAACUUUCAUGUAGCUGAGAGCCAAGAUGAGGAAGAAUACCAGCAUGGAGACUCAGGAUCAACUAGAAACACAGAGCUUCAAGCAGAGAAAAGACAUCAUGAAAGUGAAAUUAACAGUAAAAGUCCACACACCUCUGCUGUGAUCAACUUAAAUACAGGUAAAAAGCCUUUAAAAUGUGACAUAUGUGGGAAAGUUUUUGAGUACAAGUCAAAAUUGCAGAGACACCUGAACAGCCACACAGGUAAGAAGCCGUAUACUUGUAAAGUAUGUGGGAAAAGAGUCAAUGACACAUCAGCAUUGAGUGCUCAUAUAAGAACCCACACAGGUGAGACGCCGUAUACUUGUAAAGUAUGCGGGAGAGGUUUCAGACGUAAUGGUGACUUGUUAGUCCACAUGAGGACUCAUUCAAGUGAGAUGCUGUAUACUUGUAAAGUAUGUGGGAGAGGUUUCGUACGUAAAGAUUACUUGUUAGUCCACAUGAGGACUCAUUCAAGUGAGAAGCCGUAUACUUGUAAAGUAUGUGGGAGAGGUUUCAUACGUAAUGAUUACUUGUUAGUCCACAUGAGGACUCACACAGGUGAGAAGCCAUAUACUUGUAAAGUAUGUGGGAGAGGUUUCGUACGUAGUGAUUACUUGUUAGUCCACAUGAAGACUCAUUCAAGUGAGAAGCCACAUACUUGUAAAGUAUGUGGGAGAGGUUUCAGACAUAAUGGUAUCUUGUUAGUCCACAUGAGGACUCAUUCAGGUGAGAAGCCGUAUACUUGUAAAGUAUGUGGUAGAGGUUUCGUACGUAAAGAUUACUUGUUAGUCCACAUGAGGACUCAUUCAAGUGAGAAGCCGUAUACUUGUAAAGUAUGUGGGAGAGGUUUCGUACGUAAUGAUUACUUGUUAGUCCACAUGAGGAAUCAUUCAGGUGAGAAGCCGUAUACUUGUAAAGUAUGUGGGAGAGGUUUCGUACGUAAUGAUUACUUGUUAGCCCACAUGAGGACUCACACAGGUGAGAAGCAGUAUAAUUGCAAAACAUGUGGGAGACACUUCAGAUCUAGCAAUACCUUGACAGUCCACAUGAGAACGCACACAGGUGUAAAGGUGCAUCACUUGAGCACAGAGGUUCCAGUUGAAGUCACACAUAUACAGGAGAGAGACUGUUUACAUGCAAAACAUGUGGCAGAGCUUUCAGAGGCCUGUUCCAUAAAGCAUGCUAAGAAAAGUGGGGAGUGAAGUCCAAAUCCUGAAUUUUAAUUGAAAUUGCAGGUCUGGAAAAGUUAAACUAGUGAGAU